GAUCACAUUGACCUGGCAUCCCUUUUCCGGGAAUGGCGGGCCGGGAUGUCAGCUCGUGACAAAGUUCUGGGGAUGCUCCGAGUGACUGCUGAGUGGUCAAUCAUCAAUGAGUCGCCAAAUGCCAAUGGCUUCCAAAUCUGUGUUGAACACUGUUGACAUCAGGCUGGCCAACUUUCAAUGCUUCAGUUCCAAAGACGCCUUGGCUUCGGUAGCUCCUCAGUUCCUCUGCUGAGGUGUUCGUGAAAGGUUCCACAUUUGGGGCGUCAGACGAAGUUGUCGUUUAAAUCAGGUGGGGGAUGCGUAAGGGUUUCGGAGCUUGUACUUGGAUUGUUCCCCGCUCCGUCGAGGUAGCCAGCUCAGCAAAAGUGGAGUCAGGGCGACAAGCAUCUGCUGUGUGCAUUGCUGUCAACUUGCUGAGCAGAUCUAGGGGCGGAUCUCUUUAUGGUGUCAAUAGCUUGACAUCUCAUCAAGCCACCUUAAUGGAGGAGUCAUGAAUCCGUUUUUGCACGGGCCGAGAUCACAUAGUGGGCUUCCGGAGUAACUACUCCAGAUCUUCCCGGCUGUCUCCUUGGAUUUGAGUUUCAGGGACUUUGCUUGGUUGGCAAAAGCAGUAAAUGAAUAGUCCGCCUCGGAGGACAGUCGCAGGCGUUCGCAACCGAUCCAGUGACUCGCUUUCCACAUUGGGGGGCUCAGGCAGCACUGAGACCCUUUUCCGGAAGAUCAGCAUUCCGGAAGCGUCAGGGGAGGGAGUCACAAUGGUCGUCGCUACGCCCAACAGUGUCAGGAGGGGCCAAGGCCGCCCCAAACCAGACCAACUGAAGCAACUAGAAAAGGGAGCCUCCUCCGGCGCCUCAGAUUCCGAAGAUGAGGAAGCCCCCAACGAGAAGCAACGGCUGAUCUCCCCCCUCGGCGCAAAGACGCCCAUUUCCUGGCUGUCGCUCUUUGCUAGCAAGUCUUUCAUCGCUGGCGCUGCAUACACAUGCUCGUCAAUUAGCAUGAUUCUGCUGAAUAAGCUGGUGCUCUCGGGGUUCGGGUUUGACGCACCAAACGCGCUCAUGUUUUUCCAGAACUCGAUUGCGGUGAUCAUUGUUGGCACGCUCAGUGGUUUGGGGCUGGUCCACACGGAGCGCAUCACGUGGCGCCUCGUGCGGAUAUGGCUGCCGGUCAACCUCAUAUUCGUGGGCAUGCUGCUCAGCGGGUUCAAUAGUCUAAAGUACAUGCAAGUUGCGAUGGUCACCAUCUUGAAGAACACAACCAACAUCCUAACCGCGGUCGGGGACACCCUCUUCUUUGGGAAGCGGCAUAAUCGAGCCACGUGGGGCUCACUGGGGCUUGUGAUCUUGUCGGGAGUGGUGGGAGGUAUCACGGACCUGUCCUUCAACCCGCUGGGUUAUAUGUGGCAGGUCAUCAACUGCUUUUUCACAGCCGGGUACUCGCUGUAUCUGCGGAAGGCGAUGGACACGGCGAAGGCGGCGACCAAGUCCGGCACGCUCAACGAGUACUCCAUGGUCAUGCUCAACAACUUGCUCAGCUUGCCGCUCAUCCUAGUUCUCGUCUGCCUCACGGACGAAGUCUCGCGCCUCAGGGCCUCGCCGUUGCUGGUGGUUCCCUCGUUUUGGGUGGCCGCAUUCUUCAGCGGCCUUUUGGGGCUAUCCAUCAGCUUCAGCUCCCUCUGGUUCCUACAUCAAACCAGCCCGACCACUUACAGUUUGGUGGGCUCAUUGAACAAGAUUCCGCUCUCGGUCAUGGGCAUCUGGUUCUUCAAUGCGCCCACGACGUGGCCGAACCUGGGCAGCAUUGCUGUCGGUCUCCUUGCUGGUAUCUUGUUCACUCGGGCAAAGAUGAUGGGUUGAAAGUAGGACGGUACUGCCAAUCAUUGGGUUUUUCAGUUUGUUCAGUGUAUGUUCGAAUACUGGGUCUGGUGAAAGUUCGAGUACUGGUGACCUGGGGACUCUGAUGCAGCUUCAGAAAAUCCUAACCAAUACCGUAGGUAGCCAUACAUACUUAACCACAUUGUCCCCUUUGUCUUGGUUGCCAUCGGCGUAAACGUGUCACUGGAAGACAAAGAGCUUGAUGCUGUUUGAUGCCGAGGGAGGUCGGAAUCCUGCUUUCACUACGCGGCAGCAAGUGGACAUGCAUCAUACUUCGACAGAUGUGCCCGUGUCUAUUAGGAAAGCCGGCGGGUGGUCUUGCAUGAAUCUGAUAAAAACUGCUCAGCAAUUUUGGCCUG